UUGUAAGUCCAGAACUACCUGUAUUCACACACACACACACACACACACAGCACCAUUUAAAAACAUGGAUCUUCAUACUUUUUACAAGAGAUUAUUUACAAUAAAUAAGCCAUCAGAUUAAGGAGCACAUUGGUGACUCUAGAUAUGUUCUGUGUGAUUUGCUGGCUACCUGAAUAUUCUGCCUUUAUUGCUUCUGUCAACCCUUUUUUUAUAGGGCAUACUGUAUUUAUCUAAUGAUAAUUAACUAUGUAUGGAGUGAAUGUUUAGAAUUACCAAAAUUAUUAUUCAAUCCAGAAUAUUGUCUUUAUCCUGACUGGGAUUAUUUUAUGUUCUAUGGAUGUGUGGUGAUUAUGGAUAGUACAUUUAGAUAUUACAAUAAGAUGACAAAUUUCAAAGAAUCUCCCAUUUCCUCUAAUGUCUUAUUUUUCAAAGAUUCCCUAGUGAAUCGGAGAAUGCUAUCUAAAACUGGAAAUUAUUUACUAUUGCUUAAAGUUUUAUGUGUCAAAAUAAGAUGUUAAAAAAAUAAAUUUGUCAGCAGAUUCCUUUGCUCCAAAGUUAAUAUUAAAACGGACUCUGUUUUUCUGAAAUUGAGCUCUCUUCUUUCUCCGCAAAUGUCUCUGAGUAAAUUAUUUUGACUUUUUUUGUCAGCAAUGAAUCAGAUGUGGUGGAGAACCUAAACGAAAUCUAUCAGAUGGGGACUUUUGUCCAGAUCCAUGAAAUGCAGGACCUGGGUGACAGAUUACGGAUGAUUGUCAUGGGACACCGGAGAAUUCGCAUCAACAAGCGCAUGGAAGUGGAGUUGGAAGAGGCUGAGACCAAGAAGAAACCCCGCCAGAAGCAGAGGCGCUCCAAGCAAGAAGUGGCUGAGCAACCAGAGACAAAGCAACAGGACGCUGAAGUGGUGCUGGAACCGUUCCAGGCGUCUCCAGGCGAGGUGCUCAUGGUGGAAGUGGAGAACGUGGCCCAUGAAGAUUUCCAGGUCUCCGAAGAAGUCAAAGCUCUGACGGCAGAAAUUGUUAAGACCAUCCGGGACAUCAUUGCCUUGAAUCCACUUUACAGAGAAUCUGUGCUUCAGAUGAUGCAGGCCGGACAAAGGGUGGUUGACAACCCCAUCUACUUGAGUGACAUGGGCGCAGCUUUGACCGGAGCGGAAUCACAUGAGCUUCAGGACGUCCUAGAAGAAACAAAUAUACCAAAACGCCUCUACAAAGCACUUUCUCUCCUCAAGAAAGAAUACGAGCUGAGCAAGCUUCAGCAGCGACUCGGGCGGGAGUGUCACCCGCAACUACUUGGACUGGCUGACCUCCAUCCCGUGGGGCAAAUGCAGUGAGGAGAACAUGGAACUGGCCAGGGCCGAAGGCGUUUUGGAGGAGGAUCAUUACGGCAUGGAGGACGUGAAGAAAAGGGUGCUGGAAUUCAUUGCUGUCAGCCAGCUGCGAGGAUCCACGCAAGGCAAGAUCCUCUGUUUCUACGGCCCUCCAGGGGUUGGGAAGACCAGCAUUGCCCGCUCUAUUGCUCGUGCCUUGAACAGGGAGUACUUCCGCUUCAGCGUGGGCGGCAUGACGGAUGUGGCAGAAAUCAAGGGCCACAGACGUACGUAUGUGGGAGCCAUGCCGGGGAAAAUCAUUCAGUGCCUGAAGAAGACCAAGACGGAAAACCCUUUGAUCCUGAUUGAUGAGGUGGAUAAAAUAGGGCGAGGCUAUCAAGGAGACCCUUCCUCCGCUCUCCUCGAGCUGCUGGACCCAGAACAGAAUGCCAACUUCCUGGAUCACUACCUGGAUGUGGCCGUGGAUCUCUCCAAGAGAUAUUUGGUUCCUCAAGCUCGUGUACUCUGUGGCUUGGACGAAAGCAAGGCCAGCAUCACGCAGGAUGUGCUGACCGUCCUCAUUAAGCAGUACUGUAGGGAAAGUGGCGUCAGGAACCUCCAGAAGCAAAUAGAGAAGGUACUUCGGAAAUCUGCAUACAAAAUUGUCAGUGGAGAAAAGGAGAAAGUUGACGUAACACCCCAAAACCUCCAGGACUUUGUUGGGAAGCCCAUUUUCACGGUCGAUCGGAUGUACGAUGUGACUCCUCCCGGGGUGGUGAUGGGCCUCGCGUGGACAGCAAUGGGGUGCCACCCCGAAAGACGGGCCCAGUGCUGGCUGCACAAUUGUAACUGCCUUAUUGUCGUUGGCAUUAAACCAGCCUGUGAGGCAAAAUGUAGCCAUGACUGGGGAAGUGUCGUUGACUGGGAAGAUUCUCCCUGUGGGAGGCAUCAAGGAGAAGACCAUUGCGGCCAAGAGAGCUGGAGUCUCCUGUAUCGUUCUCCCAAUAGAGAACAAAAAGGAUUACUGUGAUCUAGCUGAAUUUAUCACAGAAGGACUGGAAGUACAUUUUGUUGAACAUUAUAAGGAAAUCUUUGACAUUGUUUUCUCCAAGUCUGAUUCUCCAGGAAGGUGAACGGUUCUUUCUCGCCUUCCCACCCGCUCUACUCUGGAAGCAAGAUGUGCAGGCUCAGUUGAGGGGGAAGGAUCGGACUCCUGCGGUGGCCAGCUGCCCAUAAUGGCCGGUUUCCUAUUCCUUUAGUCGCUCUAAUAUAUUCUACUCCAACAAAUUUGAAUUAUGAACCAAUUAAAAUGUUCCCUGUGACCCAGGGCUACUACAGGACUAGACUGAAGAUCUGUGAGGAAGUCUACUCAUCUUUCUCAAAUGUAUUUUCUUAUUAGAACUUAUAAAAUCCA